UGAAAAAUAUAAAUCUUCGUUAUGAUUAGGAUUUCCUAGCUCUGCCGAGUUUAUGCUCGUUUGGUGUCCUUGUUCACAUCCGAACCAUCAACCAUAACUGUGGCAUUUUUAAGAGUGAAGAGGUUCUGAAACAAAAAUUGCGAUAAUAACCCUCCUCUAAUAUUUUUUAACUAUAUAUAUAUAUUUUUUUUUUCUAACAUAGGAGAUAGGAUACAAAAUACAAACGGUAUUCAUAAGUUAUAAAAACAGUUUCGACGAUACAUUUCCUUCUUUAAAGGUACUUUGAUAAAGAUUGCUAGCAAACAAACUCCAAUAUAACUAUUAAUUAUAAAGAUAAAUUGGAAUGGUCCUUGUACAAGACCUAACUUCUCAACUGCCGGAGAAAGAUGUUUUUGUCGCGGACGAGAUUGGUUUAUUUUGGAAACUUGGUCCUUCGAAAAAAGUAAAAAGUGAACAGAUUCGUGGGAUUCGUCGUGAAAAAGCUAAAGUUACCAUCACAGCUUGUUGCAAUGCCUCAGGUACAGAGAAGUUACCAUUGUGGGUCAUAGGUUACUCCCAUCUUCCCAGGGCUUUUAAAAAUUUAGGAAUCCGUCCAGAAAACAUUAAUGUUAAUUGGAAAUUUACUGGAAGAGCAUUAAUGACGACGUCUAUUAUGGAAGAAUGGCUUCGAUGGUUUGAUGCAAGGAUGGAAGGAAGAAAGGUUCUACUCUUACUAGACAAUUUCAUUGCUCAUGGAAGAGCUAUCGAAAAUAUACGACUUUCUGGAAGUGAUCUUAAAAAUACUGUUAUAAUUAUGCUUCCCAAUAGCUCUGUUAAUCUUCAAAACCCAUUCGAGAUCGGCAUUAUAUAUAAUCUGAAAUCCUUAUACCGAAUUAGCUGGCUGAAAUUUCUCCUUAGGCAUAAAGAAUCUGAAUUGAACCCUUAUUAUAAGAUGAAUCUGUUCAUUGCUAUGCAAUGGAUAAACGAAGCAUGGCAUUCCAACUUAUCACCAACCCUCAUUAAAGAUUGUUUUCUAAACUCUGGCAUUUUUGCAUCGAAAAGGGGGGAAGGGAGUGAAAAGAUUAAUCCAAAACUGCUUGUCUACGAUGAUAGAAUACGAGAAUUGUUGGCAAAGCUUGAUCCUCAAGCUGCCAUCAAUAUCCAAAAUUUUAUAAAUCCGAUAGAAGAAAUGGGGAUGGACAGCUCAGAAGAUAUAAUUAGUCAGUUUGCGUUUGAGUUAUUUGGAGACCGAAAUUUUGAAACAGAUGAAGAGGAAGAGGUUACCUCAAAAGUUUCCAAAGAAGAUGCUCAGCAGGCUAUCGAAUUAUUGUUGGACUACGAACUUCAACAAAAAAAUGGUAAUCCUGAUUUGUAUAUCUAUUUACAGAAAUACCUUUAUUUUCUUCAAGUACAAGACUAAAAUAUUCUUCAAUGCAUAUGAGUGGAGAUUGUACUAUUCUCGCAUAGCCAAAUAACUGCUAAAACCUUUGCGGUGAUUUUUACUUUCAGCAUAAUCAGCAGUUGCAGUGUCUAGGUUAAUUAGAUUACAACUAUAUCAAUUCCGAACUAACUUGUACGAUUUGAAUUAAAAUCAUGUUAACGUGAUAAUAAGAAAUGAAUUUGAUGAAGAAUGACGGAAAUAUAUCCAUUAGUCCAAUACGUGUCAAAGCUAUUGAAACAAAUAAGAUAAAAAUUAAUACUAAAUAACUAAUGAAUGCAAAUCGUAAACGAAAG